ACUACCUGGAGUACCACUGGUGCAGUUCAGACUUCAGGUCCGAACGGUAACAGCGAUGCUGGCCAUUUUCUCCGGCCGACAGUGCCCGGGCAUGGCCUCUUGCAAACUCGGUCUCCUCCUCUUGCUCCAGAGUCUGAGCUCCUCUGCCACCGCGGUAGCCUCCGUCUCGCUCUCCGUGGGAGAAUCUAUCACCGGGAACCGGACGCUGGUCUCGGAGGGAGGCAAGUUUGAGCUGGGCUUCUUCUCCCCGGCCGGCGACUCCACCUACUACGUCGGCAUAUGGUACAAGCAGAUCCCGGCGCAGACAGUCAUUUGGGUGAUGAACAGGGACCGCCCUGUCUCCGACCCAUCGUCCUCGGAGCUGACGCUAGCUCCGGACGGCAAUCUCGUCCUCCUCCUAAACGAAAACCAGCAGAAGAGGCCAAUCUGGUCGUCGACCAGUCACGCACGUACGAGCAACGGGCCCGUCGUGGCGGCGCUCCUCGACAGCGGGAACCUCGUUCUGCGGGGCCGGCAACCGGGCAACUCGUCGGAGGUCAUGUGGCAGAGCUUCGAGCACCCGACCGACACGCUCAUGCCGGGCGGCUGGGUCGGGCUGAACAAGAGCACCGGCGCGUACCAGGCGCUCGUGUCCUGGAGGAGCGCCGUCGACCCAUCCACGGGAUUGUACGUGGACCGGGUCGACCCGUCCGGGUCCGGCCAGUACACCUUCUCGUGGAACGGCACGACCGUCUACCACCGCGUCGGCGCAUGGAGCGGCCAGCGCUCCGCCUCCGUGCCGGAGAUGGGCAUGUCGGCAAGGUACAAGUACAACUCCGUCAACAACGACGAGGAGGUCAGUUUCUCCUUUGAGGUGGUCAACCCCUCUACCCUGUCAAGGAUGGUGAUGAGCCCGCACGGGCAGCUCACCAUGUUGGACUGGUCCAGCGAGUCCGGGCAGUGGCUGCUCCACUGGGCGACUCCCACGUCGCCGUGCGACGUGUACUCCGUGUGCGGGCCCUUCGGCCUGUGCGACGUGGCCAGCUCGCAGUACUGCCGGUGUUUGCCGGCGUUCGACGCCGCGUCGCCGGGGGAUUGGAGCGGCGGCUGCGCGAGGAAGACGGGCUUGCACUGCAGCAACGGCACGUCGACCGAUGGGUUCCUUCCGGUGGAAAAUGUCAAGGUGCCGAGCAGUUAUUUCUCCGAGGCAGGUAGCUUCGGAGAUUGCGCGUCGGCGUGCUUGAGAAACUGCUCUUGCACGGCGUAUGCGUACAGCGGUGGUUGCAUGGUGUGGGGUGGUGAUCUCAGGAACAUUCAGCAGGUCACCUACGGCGAAGCCGGCUCGUCCACUCUGUUCCUCCGAGUCGCCGCCGCCGAUCUUACUGCCACCAGUAACCAUGGCGGCGCGUCAACAAAUGAACGCGACGUCAUCCUAGUCGCGUCUUCGGUAUCUUUUCUCACGAUACUCUGCUUGUUCGUCUUCGUUUGCUGGAGGCGACGUGGCGCGAAUACUGUGCGGCACGACGGCUCUCUUCUGGUGUUCAGCCACGGCUAUCUAGCGCGGUGUACGGACAACUUCUCCCAGAAACUGGGGAUGGGGAGCUUCGGCUCCGUGUACAAAGGGACGCUCCGUGACGGUGACCACACAGCGGUGGCCGUCAAGAGGCUCGAGGGAUUGGCGCAAGGGGAGAAGCAGUUCCGCGCCGAGGUGAGGACCCUCGGCAUGAUCCACCACGUCAAUCUCGUACGCCUUCGCGGGUUCUGCGCGACGAGGCGCGAGCGGCUGCUGGUCUACGACUACAUGCCCAACGGCUCCUUGGCCUCCGCCAUGGCCGGCCCGAGCUUCGGGCUGCUGGACUGGGGCACCAGGUUCGGCAUCAUGGCCGGCGUCGCCAGGGGCCUCGCCUACCUCCACGAGCAGUGCCAGGAGCGCAUCGUGCACUGCGACGUGAAGCCGGAGAACAUACUCCUGGACGCGGCCUUCCGCCCCAAGGUGGCCGACUUCGGCAUGGCGAAGCUCAUCGGGCGGGACUUCAGCCACGCGCUGACCACGGCGCGGGGCACGGUGGGGUACCUGGCGCCGGAGUGGGUCCUGGGCCUGCCCAUCACGCCCAAGGCGGACGUGUACAGCUACGGCAUGACGCUGCUGGAGCUCGUCUCCGGCCGGAGGAACCGGGACGCCGGCGGCCGCGGCGCGGGGCACUUCCCGCUCUGGGCGGCCACCAAGGUCAGCGAGGGGCAGUUUGUCGCGCUCUUGGACGAGAGGCUGGCGGGGGACGCGGACGUGGGAGAGCUGGGCCGGGCGUGCAGCGUCGCGUGCUGGUGCAUUCAGCAGAGCGAGGAGAUGAGGCCGACGAUGGGGCAGGUGGUGCAGGUUCUGGAGGGGUCGCUCACGGUGGGGGCUGCGCCUGUGCCCAGACACCUCGAGGUGUUCUGUGCGGAGGAUUCGCGCACGCUCUGAAGAGGACCCAAUCGAUGACGACUUGUUUUUUCUCUUCCUCUUCUUUUUUUAACACAAGUAGGCGCGAAUAUCCGGCCAACAAGCGCCAAAUUCUCAUUCAUCUCAGGAGCAAAGUACAGCGUGAAUUACAUACCCUCUCACCUGAAGAUUUUGAAGAGAAAGUAAAAGAGGGCACGAACCGUUGCCUUGAGAGGAAUGAGUACAAGCGAAGACAGAUUCUAUUCUUUAGUUGAGAACCUGACGAGCACAACCCAAUUGAUGUUU